AGGUAUGCGUAAACGCUCUAGUUUUUUCCUCCAUUAUUAGUUCAUUUUGUGCCGGUGCGAGCCCAAAAGUCCGCCGAAAAUUGUCGCGAUAGCAGCGGCGAGCGAUCAUAUUUUGUAUAUAACUAAUCUGUACUUGUACAUACUGUAAAGAUGAGUUCAAAUAAUCGGGCCACCGUCAAGGGUGGCAAGGGGCCGAAGGGCGAUAAGGCACACAAAAUGGACAAAUCGGAUUCAAAAGGUUCCGGCGACAAGCAGCACUCUGUCACCUCGGGCAGCGGCGACAACAAGUCCGAUGAGGAAAAGAUCAGUCAGGUUAUUGAAAUGACACAGAAAUCUGAGAUUCAGGUUUGUUGGGCCCUUCAUGAGUGUGAUUUUGAUAUGGCACAAGCUAUUGAUAUGCUGUUGGACAUGAACUCUGAGGAUGAAUGGGAAACAUCAGUCAAAAAGCGAAAGAACCGACAGCAAUCUGCCAGCAAAUCUGAUCAGAAGGGUGAUAACGCUGUCACGGCCGCCUCUGAUGAUCCUUGGGGUGACUCUACGAACGCCGGCACCGGCGACAAAGACAAGCCCCGUAAUAAAACCAGCGGAUCACAGCGGUUUCACGGUAGGCACAACGACAGCCGAGGAUGGAGGGGUCGUGAGAAGCAGGAAAAUGAGCGCAAUAUGGAGGAUGGCGGAAUGGGUGGUCGAGAAAGGCGCGGUCGUCCUGGAGGUUCAACCCGCGGCGCAGGUGGCGCGCGAGGUCGUGGUGGUGGUCGCGCUGGUGGACGGUAUCCAGCACGCAGUAACCGUGGCGGAGGCACGUUUAACAACCGGCCGAUGGAAACGUGGGAUAACUCGUGGGAUGGCACAACCACUACCACGGCAAACCACACUGAGGAAAACUGGGGCGAUGAGUUUCCUGGCGCGGAUGAGUGGUGUGGUACUCUUUCGGAGACGAAGGUCUUUACACCAAGCCAACCUAACGAACCCACUACUGAUCCUGAACCUAGUUCAGGACCAACGUUGGAAAGUUCAUCUCCGUUAGGUAGCAGCGUCCAACAAAGCAUGGACAUGCUAGCGCAGAUGUCCGGCACUCAGAACGCGCCGGUGGCGAUGAGUGGCACUCUGAAUGCGGCGCAGACUCAAUACUUUAGUCAAUUGACCCAACAGAGCAGCAACCACAACGAGAUGGGCAAGUUUGCGCCAACCGCACAACAACCGCCACCGGCGAACUACGGCAAUAACAACGCGCAGUAUGCAGCCGCUGCAGCUCAACAGCAACCGCCUGUUGUAGCGGCCAAUGCUUACGCUAACGCGACAGCGUAUACGAACAGCUAUGGCCAGCCGGAGGGCGCACCCGUGCACCAGCAGCCGCCGACGCGAAGCAAGGUGCGCGCGAAAAUUCCGCCCCCUUCGAAGAUACCGGCCACGGCUGUCGAGAUGCCAGGCGAUUUACCCAAUAUGGGUUUGCUCGACUUGCAGUUUGGUGCGAUGGACAUUAUGUCCGAUAGCAGCUCGUUCGACGGUGUUGUCACGGAGAAGUAUCAGAACUCGACGUCAAUCUUGGACUCGAGCGCGGCGCCCACUAUGGAUCUCAACAGUCAGCAAGCCUCGGCCACGCUGGAUGCCUAUUCGCCAUCAAAACCCAGUGCACAAAGCAGUAUUAGCUCCGCAUUAACGCAGAGCCUCUCAAAUUCGGACAGCAUUCCCCAAACGAGUGAGCACCUCUCAAGCGGCUACAGUGCGUCGAGUGCUGUAUCGCAGCGGUCGUCUUCGGCGGCAAGCGCGAAUAAUGCGGGCGGAGGAAAUGCCGGGCUUGAUGCGCUUGGUAAGCAACAGCCAGAUGCCCAUGCUUAUUCCUCGCAGGCGUCUAGCUACAGCUCUUACCAGAGCAAGUCGGCCGCCAACUUCCCGAAUCAGACGUACAGCUCGUCAACGAACUACAGUGGCACGCAAACGACCAACUCCUCGUAUGCGCCUAAUCCGGCCGCUAACAGCUACGUGAACAGCGAUUCGGCCGCCUCUUACAAUAGCAACAACGCCAACAGCAGCUCAUAUCAAAACACGUACUCGGCGAACGCCUCCUACCAGUCGAACGCCAACCAGCCACCUUUCCCUGCGUCGAUUUCGCAGGGCGGUGGUGGUGCGUAUCCAUCCAACAAUCAGUCGUACCAACAGAAUGCUAGUCAAUCGGUGUACGGCACCGGCAACGCCUCGCUCAAUUCCAAUUCGAACUAUGGCGGUAACUCGGCGCAGUACAAUAAUUACAACUCCAACCACAAGUUGGGCAAGGAUGGCAGCGGAGGUGGCGCGUACGAUGCUGGAACAGCGGUGACGAGUAGUCUUGCGACUACCACAUCCUCGACGGCGACUUCUCUGGGUGGUAUUUCUACUGCAACGUCGAGCAAAACCAACACUACGUUAUCGAAAAAUUCGAACAGUGUGGUGUCGAACAUGCCGUCGAGUGCAACGCCUGUGAUGGGUCAAUAUAUUAUGGGCCAGGUUCCGUAUUUCCAGCCACCGAUGUAUUCCUAUGAGGAGAUGCAGAUGCUGCAGCAGCGGAUUCCGCACAUGACAACACCGUUCUAUGAGAUGAGUUACCAGACGCCAGCAACCACCCUGAGGGAGGGCAGCUACUCGUUGUCGGACGGACGAUUUGCGCGCACGGACAGCAACGCCAGCCCUGUAUCCUCGACGCAGACGAGCACACAACCGAUGCUCGCCGCCCAGACGACCGGUCCGUACUUCUUUGCGCCCUACACCCCGAUGCAGCCAAGCUAUCAGUUCGGUGCCGUGUACACAUCUCAACUGCCAACUGGUACGAACGCGCAUGGAUCUAACACCACCGCCCAGUAUCCCAAGCCAGCUAGCUACGGCUCCGCAUAUACCUCUGGUUAUGAGUCGUUGACGCAGACGCAGGAUUACGCUAAAGGUGGUUAUGUGGGCAAUACGCAGGGGGCUAGUAAGGGUGGCGCUGCAAAUGCCACGUCCGGAGGUAACGCCGCCAACGACCUCUCCAUGUACGGCAAGUCGCAUACGGCACUCGGGAAGGUGAAUUCUUAUGAAAAGCAGGGUUUCCACUCGGGCACGCCGCCGCCAUUCACCGGCGCGUUAGGUCAGAGCGCGCUCGCGCCCAGCGGCACCGGCUACGGCCCGCAGAUGUAUAUUCCAACGCUGCCUCAGCACCAACACCACUCAACACAACUUAUGCAUCAGCCACUACACCAGAUGGAUGUGCGGCACCAUGGCCGACGCAUGGACUCCGGUAAUAGCACCGGUCAACGCGCUCAGAGCAACAAUCAGCAGAAGGCUGGAUCGAAGCAGGCGUAUCAGGGCAAUUCGUACUGGAAUCAGUCCUAGACGCCGCUAUCACAACGCCAAGCCAACGACUCUCCGAACACGACGCCGGCAAUGGAUUGAUGAGGAAAUAGUUUUGAUUUUUUGCAGAUUCCAACCACCCCUGAACACACUUGCUAACAUCGACCCACUGACUAGGAAGACGUGUAUUUUACGAUUAGUGCGAUUCUUUUUUCUCAACACUACUAUUAACCUUAUUUUUAUUUAUUAUUAACGUUUGAAUUAAUUUGCAAAUCGAGUCAGUGGUCCCUUGAUUAAGUAUGAAAGUUGAUUGUGCAUUUCAAAGCACGUUCGUAAUUGGUUGUAAUCUGAGGAGACGAUGGAAUUGGGCCAGUCGAUCACGAACACAAAGAAUAACAGUAACAUGAUGAAAUUAUUAAUGAAAACAGUCACACGCUGAAAAAAAAUUGAAAGAAUGAUGCAUACAAAAACCGACGGAUUCUUUUUGGGUAAUGUAAUUUUAACACAUUCAAUAGUUGUAGUUAUGUACGUUUCUUGAGUUCGUUAUUCAGUUAGUUAGAGAGUAGUUAUUUUAUUUUCUGCGAUACGAUGAGCAUCAGUGCAAGUGAUUAAACUCGGCAUGGAUACACACCUUCACACAUAUGCAAUCAUUUCAAUUGAUGUACAUAAACGACCCCUCUCCCCCUCAGCCGCACUAACCAAAUUUGAUCAUUCGUUCGAGUUUAUUCGUAUCACCUAAUUAAAUCAAAUAGAUGCGCUAUACCUAGGAAAAAGGAAGGCAGAGACGAAUCAUGAUAGAAAAGUAAACGAAGAUGGAAAAAUAUGCAAAGCAAACAAAAUUGGAGUGAUUUUACGGUUUACCAGUCGUCAAGACUGACUUGGUCCGAGCGGCCGUCCUCGGCGUGGCGGAAUUCUUUUAAACAACCCUUAAGACGAUGCGUUAAGUGUUGCUGGGACAAGACUGGACUUCCGCGCAGCGCGGAGCUGACGAGGCGUGAGGACCGCCACCUUAUAAAGUUAAUAGUUUAAAAUAUGCAAAUGAGAAAAAAGAUGCUAGGUUUAAAUAUAAUAACAUUAUAAACUAAAUUAUCUUUGUGUACCUAUGCUAUGUAUAAAAUAAUCACUUAUGUAGGAAUACUUAUGUAUAUGUGUAGUUUUGUUUUGUAUUUGCAUAUUAACUUACGAUUAUAAAAUACAAUACAUAUAUCGAUCACUUGCAGUUCUGGAGUACUCGGAACUGAAAACAGAUGCGAAAUAAACAAGAUGGCGGGCGUGAAAA